CCAAUAAUAGUUACGAGUGCCUGGACUUUCAAGCAUUUCGCGCCUAGCAUUCGAAGCAGCCAGACCAGUCGCUAGAAUCGAACUCCAACAUGGUUGCAUUGAGCACAAACGGCCGCCGGGAGGAGAAGGCUGUAGCCAACAUCUACGAUGACAAACGGAUCUUUCCCGACUUCCGUAGCGGACCUUUGGAAGAGUACCGUGAGCGGGCUAGCUUCUGCUACAAGCGCAUGAACGUGGUGCUCGAGGGCGAGGAUCACAUACGGCUGAAGCAUAAGGUGUGGCAAUGGAUGGAACAGCACCCCGACUACCAGCGGGAGCCGGGAUCCGAUCUUGAACGCACCCGCGAAAUGGCUAACAAGCGGCAGCAUCUUCUGUGGGAGCAACAGUUCUACGGCGUCAACGAGUAUCUGGGAACCCCGCAUCUUCUGCUUGCUUUCGGACAGGCCAUCUUCAGCUACGACUUCAGCACUUCGGUCAAAUUUGGCCUGUCAACUGGCAUGUUCCCCAGCACGCUGGUCUCCAACGGUUCUGGCCGCCUGGGCAAGUACGUGGCCAAGAUCGCGGACAACCGCAUUCUGGGCGCCUACGCUCUCACUGAGAUUUCCCACGGCACCAACGCGCUCGGCAUGCGCACCCGUGCCACCUACGAUGUGAAAAGGGAGGAGUUUAUCAUCCACACGCCAGACUUCGAGGCGGCCAAGUGUUGGGUCGGUAAUCUAGGCAAGACCUGCACGCACGCAAUCGUCUACGCCCAGUUGUACGUGCCGGAUGACAAGCACCAGGGCCUGCAGGCCUUCCUUGUUCCCAUUCGGGACGAGCGUACCUUGCUUCCAUUCCCCGGCGUAACCGUCGGCGAUAUGGGCGAAAAGAUCGGUCUCAAUGGCAUUGAUAACGGAUUUGUGAUGUUCAACCAGUAUCGUAUUCCUAAGGCAAAUCUGCUGUCCAAGACCGGUGACAUCGAUGCGCAGGGCAACUACACCAGUAAAAUUAAGGACGAGCGUAAGCGCCUUGGCGCCUCCUUGGGUGCCCUCUCCGUGGGUCGCGUCAAUAUCACUGCUAUCACCUAUGUGGCUCUGAGCAAGGCUGUGACAAUUGCCACUCGCUAUGCGGCCAGCAGACGCCAGUUCGGUCCUACCAACAGCCCGGCGGAGUGGCCCGUGAUCGAGUAUCAGUCACAGCAAUACCGUCUAAUCCCCCACUUGGCCACCGCAAUCGCCUUGCGGGUGGCCACACUCUGGAUAGGCAAAGAGAACGUGGAUUUGACCAUGAAGGGUUUCAGUGGCGAGGACACGUCGCAGGCGGGCAUGGAGAUCCAUGCGAUCUCAUCUGCACUCAAGCCAGUGGCCACUUGGGCAGCCAGGGAUGGGAUCCAGGAGUGCCGUGAGGCCUGUGGGGGCCAUGGCUACCUUAAGUCUUCCGGCUUGGGCGAACUUCGCAACGACAACGAUGCCAACUGCACCUAUGAGGGCGAGAACAACACGCUCAUCCAGCAAGCGUCCAAUUGGUUGAUCAGUCUGCGACGCAACAAUGCCGACUUCGUGGCAGUUUCUCCAUUGGAGACUGUGUCCUUCCUCAAGGAUAUGGACGCAAUUCUGCAAAGCAAGGGUCAGGAGCGAACUCCUACCGAAGUUUUGGAUCCGCUCAAUCUACUUAAUGCCCUCAACUGGCUUACCGUCUGGCAACUGGAUACGACGGUGAAACGAGUUGAGGAACAGCAGCGCGAAGGAAAGGAUGCGUUUGAGACGAGGAACAACAUCCAGGUCUUUGCCGCCCAGAAGCUCUCUGUUAUUUACGGCGAGCGCACCAUCUACUACGUGUUCUAUAAGUUUGUAAUUGGUCUGCCCGAUUCUGCUGAGAAGAAGGUGCUGCAGCAGGUGCUCUCCUUCUAUGGCGCCCACCUGGUCACAAAGUACUCCGCUGCUUUCUACCGCGGUGGCUACUUCCGCGAAAACUCCAACCAACUCGAGCUGUACGAGCAGGGCAUCCUGGCACUGCUUCCCCUGCUGAAGAACGAAGCCAUUGCCCUGGUGGAUGCCAUUGCUCCCACAGACUUUAUUCUAAACUCUCCUCUGGGCAUGAGCGAUGGAAACGUCUACCAGCAUCUGCAGCGCACGAUUGUCUCCACUCCAGGUGUCUACGAGCGUCCUCAUUGGUGGCGUGAUGUUACCUACAAGGAUUACCUUAAGCGCGCCAAAUUGUAGGCUCACAGAAAGAAGCAUUCACAUUCGGACCAGUGCAUUAUUAAUGUUAAGUUUUUCAAAGUUAUUCUGAUAAAUCACAGUAUGAUAUUUGUUACGUACACAGCUCUACCUACAAGCUCUACCCAUUACUGUUUUGCCAAGAAAUAUACUCGGUGCUUAAACUGACUCCUAA